AUGAAGAGACGACUCGUUUACUACCCAAGAAAUCACCUCAACAAGAAGCAACAGGAUUACUCCUGGCAGCAGGAUCUCAAAGAGGAGGCCCUGUCCAUCCUGAAUUACACUUGGCCAUUGCUCAUCACCUUUGUUAUUGGCAAAGGCAUGGGGUUGGUGGAUGUCUGGUUUUUAGGACGAUUGGGAUCGGAAGUAAUGGCUAUUGUGAGCCUCGGAAAUCUUUGGUCAAUAGUAGCCGGCUUAGCUUUUGGGAACGGCCUCUUGACAGCCAUCGAUACACUAGUGUCUCAGGCAUUCACCGGUGCUACCGACUCAAGGACACUGGGCAUUAUUUUACAGCGCGGCAUUGUCAUUAUGGGAUUUCUAGCAGUGCCAAUUAUACUCCUUUGGACCUAUACCGAGUCUAUCCUCACACAUGUCAUGAAACAAGAGCAGCAUUUGGCACAUCUCACCCAGUCCUAUAUUUAUGUAUGCAUGCUCCUUGUUUAUCCGAUAUUUAUAUCUACAGCGAUCCGUAAAUUCUUACAAAGCCUUGGUCACAUGCGUGUUACCAUGAUGAUGGUUAUAGCUAUCUUUCCAUUGAAUUGUCUUUCCAAUGUUUUGCUCCUUCAUGUGCUCGAUCUAGGAUAUAUGGGUGCUGCUUUACAUUUUGCAUUUUUCCAUGGCAUCAUUUUGGCCGUUUACUUCAUCGUUUUGUCGUUUGGCACUAGAUUCUGGAGCGCUUACUGGCCUGGGUGGAGUGUACGGGCACUUGAUAGCUGGGAGCCGUUCUUGAAGCUUGCCAAAACGAAAAUCUUAAAUUUUAACUUUAUCUAUUCAAGUAUUCCCGGUAUGCUCAGCGUGGCAACUGAAUGGGCCUUUGAAGUGUGCGCGUUGUUGACAGGUGCAUUAGGAAAGACAAGUUUGGCAGGACAAGCCAUUGUCCUGUCAGUGAACGCGGUACUCAUAAUGAUCCCUUCUGCGCUAUCCAGUGCUGUUGGUGUCCGCAUAGGCCACCACGUCGGAGCAAAUAGGCCAUGGAAAAUUCAGACAUGCUUUACCUUAUCCGUUCUCAUGGGCUGCAUUGUCGUAUUAUGCAACGCAUCUUUUAUGUUAUUGUUGAAACACCAGAUCGCCGCGCACUUUUCGAUGGAUGAAGAGGUCAUCCAAGCAGCCGAAGACCUGAUGCCUGUCGCCGUUUUGUCACACAUUUUCACGGGAUUAAGCUCUGUGUUUUCAGCUACACUUAAUGCCCUAGGCAAACAAUCAAUAGUGGCUGCGUCCAACCUUUCAUCCUAUUACAUGGUCGGUUACCAUUCGGGCUGUGGAUGA